CACCUGUAUAUAUCGGGUAAAAAUAACGCGAUAAAGCGCAAAAUAACGAUAAAGCUCGAUACGUUAUUUUCUCUGUAGCUCCUUGAGCUCAAAGGGUUCAGACGAUGAAGAGACUUUGGAAAAAACGAAGAAAAACCCUAGCCAGUCAUCAUGGGACGCGAAAGAUGCGUUAGGAAGAGAUUAUUUGUACAGGUUAGGGCAAGAGGCGGACAAUAUGAACAUUGCAGUAGGAGCGAGGAAAGGAAUAAUUGAUGAUCUUUUUGUGGGGAAUUUUCUUGGAAAAGACGCUGAUAUUGUUUUCGAUUACCGGCAGAAGGUGACAAGAUCGUUUGAGUAUCUCCAGGGUGAUUAUUAUAUAGCACCUGAAUUUAUGGAUAAAGUUGUAUGUCAUAUUGUUAAGAACUACAUCGCUCAUCUUUUGAAAACAAAGGUGCCUUUAAUCCUAGGUAUCUGGGGUGGAAAAGGUCAGGGCAAAUCAUUUCAGACAGAAUUAAUUUUUCAAGCUAUGGGAAUUGAGCCAGUCAUUAUGUCUGCUGGUGAACUGGAGUCUGAGAGAGCAGGAGAACCGGGUAAGCUUAUACGUGAGCGAUACAGAGCAGCUUCUCAAGUUGUUCAGAACCAAGGAAAGAUGAGCUGUUUGAUGAUCAAUGAUAUAGAUGCUGGUUUGGGGAGAUUUGGUAAUACUCAAGUAACCGUAAACAAUCAGAUUGUUGUUGGCACACUUAUGAAUUUGUCAGAUAAUCCUACAAGAGUAAGCAUUGGACAAGACUGGAGAGAAUCAGAUAUCACUCAUCGUAUUCCUGUCAUAGUAACGGGAAAUGAUUUUUCCACUCUUUAUGCACCUUUGAUUCGUGAUGGAAGGAUGGAAAAGUUUUAUUGGCAGCCAACACGUGAAGAUAUUGUAAAUAUUGUCCACAGAAUGUACGAGAAGGAUGGGAUUUCUAAAAAUGAAGUUGCCAGCAUUGUCGACACAUUUCCAAGUCAAGCCUUGGAUUUCUAUGGAGCCCUGAAGUCUCGAACAUAUGAUAGAUCAAUCCUGAAGUGGGUUUCUGAAAACGGCGGUUAUGAAAAACUCGGGGAGAUACUUCUCAAAAGGAAACGGGUUGAUAAGCUCCCUACAUUCACGCCACCCAAGCGAACCAUGGAUGCAUUGCUGGAGUCGGGGUAUUCUCUCAUCAAGGAACAAAAACUGAUUACUGCCACAAAAUUGUCCAAGGAAUACUUGAAAAACAUGGACUGAUUGGAUGCCUCUUUAUGAGCUCUCUCUCUCUCUCGCUCCCUCUCCAUGAAAAACAUGGACUGAUAGGACAACUUUCUAUGAGCUCUCUCUCUUCUAUAUGAGAACUCUUUAUGCUCUCUCUCUCUCCAUGAAAAAGAUGGACUGAUAGGACAGCUGUUUAUGAGCUCUUUCUUUCUCUCUCUCUCCCUCCCUCUCUUCUCACUUUUGUUGAGCAACUCAUGGCCAAUUGCUGCUUAGUUAGCACCCAAUUUUUUUUUAUAUUUCAGGAGUAUGAGUUUUAAACACAAGAUGCAACUACUAAUGGGGUGCUUUCCUUUUGUUAAUUGAUACAAGGAGGUUCUAAGUAAUAAAAUAUGAUAGCUUAGGGGUGUUAAAAAGUUUGAGAAA